CGACCACCACCUCUCUACUUGGCCACUCCAGCGGUCCAGCCUCAUCAGCUCGCACCAGUCAACAGCCCCACCUCGAUCCAGCCAUGGCCUCCAGCGCCGUACAACCGCUCCGUCACCGGCCACCGCAGCGCCUCGCCCUGCUCGCCCUCGCCGUCGUCUCCUGCCUGCAACUCCUCCUCCCCGCCGCGUCACAGCUGUCCCAGCCCCAGCCGCUUCCACGCCCUCUCGCGCGCACGGCCACCGACGCCGCCGCCAUGGCGGCACCGCUGGAAGCAGCAGGAGAGGACCGCGGUCUCGCCCGGCGCUCGUGCACGUACACGGUGCAGAUCAAGACGAGCUGCUCGUCCCCAAGGCGAAGCUCGGACGCGGUCAGCCUCGCGUUCGGGGACGCCUACCGCGACGAGGUGUACGCGGCGCGUCUGACGCCGGAGUACGGCUUCGAGUCGUGCGCCACGGACACGUUCAAGGUGAGCGGUCCCUGCGGCUACGGCGUCUGCUACCUCUACCUCCGCCGUACCGGACGCGUCGGAUGGACGCCCGAGUGGGUCAGGGUGUACGAGCCCACGUCCAGCACGCCGUCCACCUACCGCUACGGUGACCCGCUCCCCAACGGCGUCUGGUACGGAUUCAACCGCUGCCCGCACCGCGCCGCCGCUGCAAAGGCCGACGCCGACGCCUCUUCUGAUGCUGCGGCCCAAGCACUGUAACCGCACAUGGUUGGAUGGAGCAGAGCACCACUGGUCAAGGGGGCCAAGCAGCGGCGGUAGCCAGAGGGAGCUGAUGCAGCGGCGGAUCAGAUCGAAGUCCGCACGUGCGGGUGCAGGUGAGAAGGUAGCGCAAGGGCAGCGACUCGUCGUGUCAGGUGAGGCCACGUCACCUCACGUGUGGGAUGUAGAGGCAAAGCCAUGUGGCGGCUCACCAUUGCGAAAGGAGGAGGAUGCUGCACCUAUGCUGCUGUCAGCGACGUAGAUCGAGGCAGGUGGCACAAUGGUCCGGUUGGGUGCUGCAGGCAGUGAAGGUAGCGGUGCUUUGGGGAGGGUGGCUCGAGCUCGGCAAGGUCCUUCGGAUCCAUGCUGUGGGGUGGUGAGGUACCUCACUAUCGUUGCAGUC